AUGAAGAGAGCCAUAAUGAAAAACGAUUUAGAAGAUAUUACAGGAAGAUACUCAAUGAAAACAGAUUUAAAUCGAAAACGUAUAAUGAUAAUAUUAAUGGAGGGUUUAUAUAAAAUCUGGUUUAGUGAAAAUGGUAUCGAUUUUCGGGUAGUUUAG